UUCCUCUCUCCAAGACCUCAAUUUUUGCACAGCCCGGUCCUUGAAAUUAGAUCCCUUCAAGAGACCUGGAAAACGUUUGCUCAGCAAAACCCUCCUGUUUUUCCAAAGGCUCUGUCUCAGGAAUUUAAAGCACACUUUUUUAAAAAAAAAACACACAGACACCCACCACUUGAGGAGGGGGGAGAUUUCCUUUCCCUCUCUCCCUCCCCUCCUUACAGAAAGAAUGGAAGAAAGUUCUAGCCCUCCUGCUUCUCCUGGGGACAGCCUGGGGACCAGCGAAGAGGAGCUGGAGAGGCAGCCAAAGAGGCUGGGAAGGAAGAGGAGAUACAGCAAGAAAUCCAGCGAAGAUGGGAGUCCAAACCCAGGCAAGCGGGGGAAGAAGUCCAGCCCGAGCGCACAGUCCUACGAGGAGCUCCAAAGCCAACGGAUCCUUGCUAAUGUCCGAGAGAGGCAGAGGACUCAGUCCCUCAACGAAGCUUUUGCAGCCUUGAGGAAAAUCAUUCCCACCCUGCCUUCUGACAAACUCAGUAAAAUCCAGACUCUCAAGCUCGCUGCCAGGUACAUAGACUUCCUCUACCAGGUCCUGCAGAGUGAUGAGAUGGACAAUAAGAUGACCAGCUGCAGCUAUGUGGCUCACGAGAGGCUCAGCUAUGCCUUUUCUGUGUGGAGGAUGGAAGGAGCGUGGUCCAUGUCUGCCUCACACUAGCCAACAUCAGGGUUAAAACCAAGGAUGACCGCCAAAGGGACUGUCCAAUUCUGGAGACUGGAGUGGAGCUGAAAAGGAUCCACGUUUGUAGCUUGUGAAACCUUAACAACCUCAAGAGAACUGGUCUAAAGGAACCACUUGAUUUCCCCUCCCCUUGAACUCCUGCAGAACAUUGAGAGAGAACAGGAAAGCAGCACCAAAGCUAAUGGGUUUGAAAUGUUGCAACAUCUCUCCCCAAGAGACAAAAGUAAAACACAAAGAGGCUAUUCAACUUUGUGUUUAUUUGCUGGAGCUCGUGUGUGUGUGUGUGUGUGUGUGUGAGAGAGAGAGAGAG